UCCAUCUAUUUUCUCCUUCUCUUUCUCUAUCGCUCUCUUAAUUGAUCUUGCUCAUGGAAGCCCUUCAUCUUCCUUACGAAGUUCACCCUCAUUCUCCCGCCGCUUCCGUCAAGGAUCGGAGUUCUCAGUUCCAGGAGCUGCCGGAGCCGGAUAUCCAUAUUGUUACCUCAAGUGGACUUCGGAUUCCGGCUUAUUCUACCAUUCUGGCAUCGGUUUCAUCUGUACUGGAAAACAUCAUCGACGAAUCGCGGAAGCAUCGAAGCUCCGAGAAACUGAUUCGGAUUCUCGGUGUUCCGAGCGAGGCAGUCGUUUCGUUUGUUCAAUUCCUCUUCACAUCUAGGUGCUCUGAGGAAUGUCUGAGGGAAUAUGGAAUUCAUCUAUUGGCGUUAUCGCAUGUCUACCUCGUUCCACAUUUAAAGCAGCGAUGCAGCAAGUACUUGGCUCGAAAAUUGACGAUCGAUAGUGUUAUAGAUAUACUCCAACUCGCAAGACUGUGCGAUGCACCAGAUCUCUCGCUUAGCUGCAUGAAAAUGGUGUCGAGACACUUUAAGGCCGUCGAGAAAUCGGAGGGCUGGAAAUUCCUGCAAGAGCAUGACUCUUGGCUGGAGCUUCAAAUUCUUCAAUUCAUUGACGAAUCCGAAUUGAGGAAAAAGAGGUGCAGAAGGCAGAGGAAGGAGAAGAGGAUGUAUCUUCAGCUAAGCGACGCAAUAGAGUGCGUGGAGCACAUCUGUAAAGAAGGAUGCACAGACGUUGGUCCACACGACGCUGAACCCACAAAGAAGCCCUGUUCCAAAUUCUCAACGUGUCGUGGUGUGCAGCUUCUGAUUAAGCACUUUGCGACGUGCAAGGACAGAGCCCAUGAAGGAGGCUGCUGGCGGUGCAAACAAAUGUGGCAGCUUCUACGCUUGCAUGCUUCCAUCUGCAACCAAUCCGAUGCUUGCAAAGUCCCUCUCUGCAGGCAGUUCAAACAAAAAAUGCAGCAAGAGAAUAGAAAAGACGAUGCUAAGUGGAAGGUUCUGAUGAAAAAGGUGAUGGCUGCCAAAACCAUUUCUUCUCUAACUUUUACCAAAAGGAAGAGACCGCAGCUUCGAGGAGACACCAUGAGCAACGCCCACAUCAGAAGCUGCAGAUUAGAAACGGUCGAACAAAAUCGAUCGCUGUUAUUAACCGCCUAGAAUGAACUCAAAUUUUGUGUU